UUCCUCCCAGUUUGGCAAGAAGCAGGAGGAGGCAGAGAAAUAUAGGUCCUGGUUUGGUCACAUGACCGUUGUCUCGGGGAACAUGGCGGCGAGCAGUGAGGAUAGCGGUGUGAGGAAAAGACGUGUGGACAGCCGGAGACAGAAGGAGACACAGACCGGGGACAGCGGCGGAGAACAUGCAGCAGACAGCGACUCGGGCUCGGGCACGGAGCACACACCGGGGUCGCUACAGACCGGAACCUACUGGCUCAGCCGCAUCGUGCUGCUGCGCUCGGUCGCCUUUAUUUACUUGGUGGCGUUCAGCGUUGCUUUCAACCAGAACAAGCAGCUGAUAGGUGAGCACGGUCUGAUGCCCUGCAAGGACUUCCUCAACAGCGUCAAGCGCUACGUGGGGGGCAAGAUAGGAAUGGCCGCCCUCGCGUACACGCCGUCCAUCCUCUGGUUCUUGGACUGGAGCCACAUGGAUGCCAACCUGGAUGGCAUUGCCCUGGUGGGGAUGGCUCUGUCGGCGUCUGUGCUGGUGACGGGAAUGGCCAACAUGGUGAUCAUGGCGACACUGUGGGUGCUUUACCACUCGCUGGUCAACGUGGGACAGCUGUGGUACUCCUUCGGUUGGGAGAGCCAGCUGUUGGAGACAGGCUUUCUGGCCAUUUUCUUGUGUCCGGUCUGGACUCUGUCCCAGGUCCCUCGCCGCUGUCCCCCCUCGCUCGUCUGCAUCUGGACCUUCAGAUGGCUCAUUGUCCGCAUCAUGCUAGGAGCUGGUCUCAUUAAAAUCAGAGGGGACCAAUGCUGGAGAGACCUCACCUGCAUGGACUACCACUAUGAGACCCAGCCGGUUCCCAACCCCUUGUCCUACUACAUGCACCGCUCCCCGUGGUGGUUCCAUCGCUUCGAGACGCUGUCCAACCACUUCGUCGAGCUUGUUGUGCCUCUCUUCAUCUUCCUCGGCAGGCGGAUGUGCAUGGUCAAUGGAGCGAUCCAGAUCCUUUUCCAGGCGGUUCUGAUCCUGAGCGGGAACCUUAGUUUCCUAAACUGGCUCACCAUCGUUCCCAGUCUGGCCUGUUUCGACGACGCAUCCCUUGGCUUCAUGUUUCGCUCCGAAGGCGGAGCCAAAGAGGCGGUGCUGGCGAUACAGCAUGACGAUGCAGCUGGACGCACCCACAAACCCACCAAAGGUAUGCGGAUACGCCGGUGGGUGAACAUUUCUUUGGGCAUUCUGAUUGGCUGCCUGAGCGUCCCAGUGGUGAUGAACCUGUUGAGCUCCAGGCAGGUGAUGAACACCUCCUUUGACCCGCUGCGCAUCGUCAACACCUACGGGGCCUUUGGAAGCAUCACCAAGGAGCGUACCGAAGUGAUUUUCCAGGGCACUCAGAGUCCUGAUCCCAAGGACCCAGAGGCAGUUUGGGAAGAGUACCAGUUCCUGUGCAAACCAGGGGAUGUUUACCAGAGACCGUGCCUGAUAUCACCGUACCAUUACCGGCUGGACUGGCUCAUGUGGUUCGCUGCCUUCCAGACGUACGAGCAGAGUGAGUGGGUGAUCCACAUCGCCGGACGUCUGCUCUCCAACGACAGCACCGUCCUCUCCCUUAUCGACCAAAACCCCUUCCAUGGCAGAGAUCCCCCCAGGUGGGUGCGAGGGGAACACUUCAGGUAUAAGUUCAGCCGGCCGGGCAGUGCCAGCGCAGCAGAGGGGAAAUGGUGGCUGAGGAAACGCAUCGGAGCUUACUUCCCUCCCCUGGACCUGGAGGGACUCAGGGGCUACUUCCAGUCGAGGAACUGGCCCCACCCACAUAUACCAUCAAAGAAGACGUAAAGACUCCACCUCAGAUAAUCAGCACAUAAAGGGAAACGGAGGACGACACACGCAAAUGUGUGACUGAGGUCAGUUUCAGGACAACGCUGCUGGAGUCGAAUAACUGUUACAAGGAGGGAAUCAAAGGACUCGUCAGGUUUUUGUCAGUUUUGUCAUGGAGACUUGCUCAAUAAAUAAAUUUCUCAAAUCAAGCAUCCUGACAUUUAUUCUCAAAUAAUGUGAUGAUUUUUUUUAAUUAAAAUAUUUGGGCUAGAAUCUGGUUGGCAUACCUCAGGUUCAGAACAGGGUCAGCUAAACUGGGAUUUACUGAGGAAUACAUGGGAUUUGAUUUCCAGUCGUAAAAUUAUAAUAAUGAAGGUAACUUUAUUCAUAUAGCAGCUUUCAAUACAGCCAUUAAAAAGGGUACUCCCAGUAUUAAACAACAACCCUCAAAAUAGUUUUGCAAAUCGUUCUUUUAAAAACCAACUUCAUAUUUGUCUUGUUAUACAGUUUCACCCCAACAGUGAUCCUUUUAAUCCCUCUUUUGGCUUUCGUAAAAUAAACACAUCUCAGGCCACAUUUGCUCUCUUGUAUUUAUAACAUAAAAUGUUUGUACACAGUCUGUAGUGCUUUUCAUAUUUGCUCUGACCCGUAUAUGUAUCAACUGAGAGUAAGAAUUGAAAAUAAAAUAAGCAGUUAUUCUCCAAAUAAAAAGAUCACAUAUCCAAAAUGUUACUCCUGGAGCAGAUGUGCAGGUUUUGGGUUGUCUGUUUGGAAGUGACAUCACCACAUUGACACUGGUUUGUGUUCUUUGGCUUCUGCAGGAGUUGUAAUAACAUAGAGAUGUCACUAGAUGGAGCUGUUCCUCAAUCUAAUCGCUGCCAUCUUGACUCCUAUCUACUUUUUUCUUUACUCCCCCAAAUCCCUAGCUCUAAGUGAACCCUGUUUUAUGACUGACUGACAUCCCUUGGGUCUAUUCAGCCAAUACCAUCAUUCAUUUUAUACUGUAUCAUUCAUUUCUGUAAUAGUGACUUCAAUGUUUUAUUUUCCUCAAUCGUGGUGCUGCUAAAUUAAUUAUAUAGUGAAUCCUUUUUUGCUGCAUAAUUAAUCAAAACCUUCUCUGA